UGCAGAUAUGCAUCCUCGUCGAUGCAGCUUUGCGCUUUGGUCGCCCUGCCACAGCAUUUCUUGGUCAAGGCAGCUGCAGCUGGCAAGAACUGAACCCCACGAGAUGAUCUCCAUCAAUUCCCGGCACGGGCUAUAGACGAUGCGGCAUGCAUGACUCUCAGGCGAAAUUUGGGCAAGGCUCAAGUCAGACUAGAUGAUUCUGGAGGUCGAAUUAGGCUCGGAUCAGCGGUGUAUUCAGCCGAAGGAAGGAUUUGUCGAGAGCGCGUAUCGCUGCCUCUCGCUCGGAUAUGGCGGUCUGGAGGACAAGGGAAUGUCGGGCACCGUUGUUGGCGGGCACUGAGGGAAGCAACCGUUCGACAUUUAGUUUCACCUGGGUAUCCAGGUACUAGAAGGAGCCGCGUUGAACCAGGGCUGUGAGCGAGAGCGCCAUGCAUCGGAAGCUGUGGGAUCAAGGCCAGAUGACCUUGAAGCUGUUAUCGCAAGUCCCGAGCUUUGGCGUAAUCGGCCAUAUGUUUGGAGCCGACAUGCGGGGAACAAGACCGAUGGCUUACCACUGGAAUGCUUGUAGAGACAAUCUACAAGCAGAAUGAAGUCCCUCCACGGACUGGUCCGGGAGCUGCAGAUGGAUGGGUUGGACGUCUGCGCAGCUGGUCUGGGCCUGAUUGCGAUUCAUUUCCCGGAAACAGCAACUCCUAUAUCUCAAUAUGGGGACCCCAUCUGCAGCCCAAUCAGCCUCAUCCAUAGGCAAGGCCAUUAUUGAUCACUUUCGUGGUUGAUGUUCUGGCAAUACGAACGCAGGGAGUGUCGUAAAUGCCUGUCAAAUACGCGAAUCUUACUCGGCUUGAUUUGGCUGGCGUCGAGAUUGUGCUUGCAUUGACGAAAUCGUAUCCCUCAACCAAAAUUGCACCAUUUCGAGCCCAAUCUUGAAGCUGAAAACCAGUUAUACCUCCCGGAUGUCGCUUCAUGCUAUCAACCCGCCAGCAUGGGACACGAUGUGGCGCAUAAAGUCGUCAAGGAUUAUAGGACAGCUUCAACGGUCGCCAAUGCAGUCUUGAUGAAGUGCUAUGCCGCACAGGGCUUCAGACUGCGUCCCAGCGAGCAGCUUGAAUAGGAGAACCGGGAGACUGCUCGUAGCGAUGACACCCCACAUGGAGGUGCUGCGUUAUUCCAUUCUGGAAGCCAACGCACGUCCACUCUUUCCGCUUUCAGGUUGCCAACGUCUUUCGCAGCUACUAUGGUGGAUUAGCCGGGGGGCUCGCGUCUCGCCUGUCCCGAUGGUAAAGGCUACUAGGCUGGUGCCCUGCCGAGAGCCUUCGCCAGAGCCUCGCCCGGAAGAGGGUGCGUUUGCUGCAUGCGCUUCUUGGGCGAGAAGCCGUACUGCCAAUAGCCUUCCUGGGGUGCGCAGAGCUUCCUUAUUCCGGUUUGCGAAUAGAGGAUGCGGCACUAUUGGAUGAAAAGCUCUCCUGAAGAGGGAUAUGGAUCGAAGUAUGUAUCCCCUUACCUGGAAUCGAUGAGACCUUUUCAAUUCAGGUUGCACAAGUGGACUGUGUCGAUGAAAGCCCCCUGGGAUUGCAACAGCCUUGGAGAGAGCCGGGGCAGAAGUGCUGAUACUUAAUGAAGGAAAGGGCCUUUUGCCCUCGGUGUGGGAUGGUAUAGAGCUUUCACGACCUUGAGCUGAAGCCUCCUCAGCGUCUGUGGCAAUGAUCCUGAUCAUUACCAAGAACCGGCUAAUUGAUGCCUGUUCUUCUCAGUUGGCCACAGUGACCGAUACACGGAGUUGGCGUUGAUAUCCCGUUUCUCAAGAUUCUCUCUGAGCUGGGGAAGUCCAAGAUGUCAGCCAGAGGGUAGCCGGCUUGAAGUUGGAUGGGUCGUUACCUGUCCGUGUGCAUUGCCAAAUCCAAGGGCACCUGCUGUCCCGGACGAACGUCGAUGAGCCAACCGCAGCUCAAGAAAUCAGAUCACCGAUAAUGAUCCCGGCAUGAACCUAUGCAAGUUAGGGAUGAUACCAGGAAUUGUCCAAAUGAACCCUCAAACUGUCAACUUCAACUUGCAGACACUGUUCAUUCUGCUGCCCUUGUGAUGAGCCAAUCCUCCGAAAAGACUCCCGGCCUCACUAUGCAAAGAUGCAUCCUUGCUGCAGGUGGUUGUGCGACUGAUUACUGUAGUAUGUGAGCCACGAUAAGGCAUAGCAUGUCAGAUAGUAAUCCGACCUAUUUACAC